AUUUGCGGAUACAACGACACCGACAGAAGCCAUCAUUGCGCGUUCCAAUCGAUUCAAAGGUCCAUUUGUGAGGCACGCCUCAAUGGUCCUCAUGUGUUUCCAAAUCUCCCCUAGAAAAAUUGCUGUCAGUGUCAGCAUUGUUCUACCACUUUUUGCUGACGGAGGAGUAAGAGAAGCUAAGUAUUUCAAACUUGUAGACGCAGGACACCGUUUGCAGGCGGUUUACCACAGUGCGCGCUCUGUAAGCACAGCAUCGUGCUGAAUCACCUGCUUCAAGUGGUCGCACCCUGCGAAUCACGUCUCAAAAGGUGUGUCAAGCGGUGGUACCCUGUCAGAAUUGCUUUAUCUUGCUGUCGCCAGGAAAACUUGCACAAUGGCACACCUUUCGGCAGCCCGCACAGUGGAGCACAUUGGCAAUCUGACUAUGUACAGAGAAGCCAGCACAAUCUCUGCAGCGGGAUGUCCUGCCACACAGCAGCCUGUGCAAGGGUCUGCCUACCAAAACGCCAGGCGCUCUUCACGUCCAAUGGGGACGUUACCCAUUCCAUUCAGCACGAUUGAGAAAGCCACUCUGCCAUGUUUACAGAGGGGACGGUCGACGCUAAGACCAGAUGCGGGAGGCAACGGCAGCAGAGUCCCCCUUGCAGGAGGACUACAACUUGAAAGGCACAAGAGAACAGGAAAAAGAGUUGCGUGCACAGCAGGGGACUUUGUUCCGCCUAUAGAGGAGCCGCUGGCGGAGGCAACUGAACCACCACCAGUAGAAGAGGAAUUGAGCCAGGCCACACUGAUAUGGAGGGCCGUCAAGCUUCCAAUUUACACCGUGGCAUUGAUUCCCAUCCUGGUUGGGGCCGCAGCCGCGUAUCAGAAGACUGGUGUCUUCUAUCACUCCAGAUUCUGGACCUUGUUGGGAUCAUCAUGCCUGGUCAUAGCAUGGCUAAACUUGACGAACGAUGUUUUCGAUUCAGAUACCGAGGUUGACAAGAACAAGAAGGAGUCGGUUGUGAACAUGACUGGCAGCCGAAACCUCGUAUUGGUCAUCGCCAUUGCUUUGUUGAUCAUCGCGUUCGGGGGCUUUGCCUGGUUGGCAAAAACGGUAAACGACCCACGGAUGCUGUGGCUACUUGGAGCAGCAGUAGCCUGCGGCUAUGUUUACCAGAGCCCGCCCUUCCGACUAGGCUACAUGGGGCUUGGGGAGCCCCUUUGCUUCGUCUCCUUUGGGCCGCUAGCCACGAGCGCCUUCUACCUGAGCCAAGUCAAGAAGAGUUGCUGCAAAGCGCUGCCGGAAGUGACUCCAACGGUCCUGGGUGCGUCCGUUCUAGUUGGCAUCACCACCACGCUCAUCCUUUUCUGCUCGCACUUUCACCAAAUUGAGGACGACGCGAAGGUCGGCAAGAUGUCGCCGCUGGUGCGGCUCGGGACCGCGAGAGGCGCCCAAGUGGCGAGCGCGGCCGUGACUGCGCUUUACUUCGUGACCGGGGGGCUCGUGGGGACCAAGCUGCUGCCCACGUGGUGCGGGAUUCUGUCAGCUCUAACGAUACCCCUCGGCAAACUGGUGAAGAACUUCAUCUCAAAGAACCACGAGAACAAGGUGGUCAUUUUCAUGGCUAAGUACUUCGCAACGAGGCUGCACAUAGCCCAUGGUGUCGCCAUUGCUCUCGGCCUAGCGGCCUCAGUGUGGAAGCCGCUUCCGUCCUUCUGGUAAAUUGUCGUUGCUUAUAUAAACGCAAAUUCAUUGGCCCACAUUUGCUGGCAGCUAAAAAAGGAAAAAAGUUUGUGAGCUUGAGGCUAAACCACUCAGGCACUUCGCCAAGCUCCACAGUAAAGAACGUUGACCAAUACGCUGGAUUCGAGAGCAGCUGGUCCGUUUCACAGCGAGGCUUCUGUGUUUCGGUCUUGGAUUCGGAAGGAGCCUGCCCGGGGUGCUUUUAUCCAGUGGCAUGUGAUG